AUGGCUGACGCGGCAACUGCACUGAAAUUUAAGGAAUUGGAUCAGGAGACUCAGAAAACAAUGAGAAAACUGUUCCCAGGUGAACGCGGUGGUUUUGUUCGUAUUGGUCCUAAGGGGUACCUCGUUACUGAGAGGUAUAAGGAAAUGGCAGCCGAUAUUUAUAACAUGGAAAUUAGACCGAGCGAUGUUUGGGUUGUCACUUAUGCACGAUCAGGUAAGAAUUGUCUAGGCAUGUGCAACACCUAG